UCCGGCUCCCUGCAAGAAGGGAAUCACAAGAGAAUUGAUCGAGGCUCAGAAGGCGUUGUUGGACCGUCGACUUCCCAGCAGAAAGACUACCCGACGCAAGCAUGCAGCUUUGGUCUCACGAGGCGACCCAGGACGCCCUGCGGCAGGACGUCCAGAACCAAAACGACGAGGCCCAGUCUCUCCGCGAGAUACUCGGGAGCAAGCAGAGGACAGGUGGCGAGCCCGGCGAGGCGUCGCCGCCCGCAAUCCCCGUCGUUCUGUGCGGAAAGACGGAGCAGAUCGGCCGUGGCAUCAUCGCGGGCCUGAAGCCGGAAUACGAAGUCAUCCACUUCGUCACGACGCCAGCCUCGGGCGCCGUCAUCAUCCCCGCGCUCCUCGCCUCGAGCGCCCCGCCGCCGCACGCGGAGACUAGCACGAUCGGCAGCGGCAACUACGCCGCUGCGCCUCGCGCCGUGAUACUCGGAGGCGCGUUCGACGACGCCGCGGUCGCGUUCCUACGGGAAGCCGUUGCCGAUGCGCAAGAGGGAGGUUCCGCCGGUGUGAGGAGGGUCCCCUGGCUGAGGCAGGACCCGGAUAAGCCGGCGCCGCCGCUAGGGCCUGAGUACGGGAAGGCCAUGGUCGCGAGGGCGAAGGAGGCGCUGGCAAGGCUGGAGGUAGAGGGGAAGCUGACCGGGACUCACGAUGGCGAGGAGUGGUAUUGACGCUUGAGGCGCCCCAUGUUGGCCGUUCGCCGUCCUUCUUUCUAGCCGUGGCUCGUCAAAAUGUAGUUGGUUACUCUUGUUUUUACUCGAAUCUUUUGACAAUGGGUGUCGAUAGAAUUCGAGGCAACAAAGGAUACGAAUCAGGACCUUGCGGAGGCGGUGCCUCGUCCGUCUCAUGUCGUGUCGUUGAUGAGAGCGCCGAUGACGAGGGAGGCCCCAGGGAUUGCGACAGCCGUUACCCCGCUGCAACCCACCAUCAGAUAAGCGAUAAAACGGAGGAGGGGGGUUCGUCCGCCGCCUCCCGAGAAGCGAUACCGGCC